CGGGUCGUCUUCCUCCCGGCCCAUCCCCUUUAUGCCGCACGGUUUACCACCUCUGCCAUCAUUCAAGAAUCUGCACACUUCGAUGUACGGGUGGGGAGAGAGUCUCGGUCUAUGACAUCGCGCCUCGCUGAAGGUGACAGCUAUGGACCGCAGCGAGGUGAAGAAUCAUAUGGGAUCAGUGUCGGCUAUCAGGCGUGGGGAAUGCCACGUGGAGGGCAGUGGCAACAACCACCGCAAGGCGCAGGGGCCAACGGGGAAGGAGAGUUGUCUGCGGGGGGGGCAACAUCCUCUGCACGUACAUCAUACGUUGCUGGCGCUGCACCGAACAUGCAUGCGAGGGUGGCUGGAAACACGUCCACGAACUAUUAUUCAAAACCGCCUGCUGCGAACAUGGUUGGAGGUCUGUCGCAGUCCAUACCUUUGGAUGCUGCAUUUAGCAGUCAUGAUGGUCAUCGUCUUCAUGUGCACGAUUCCGAAAUCAAUGUCCCAGAGCCUUCUCAAGUGGUUGCCGACCUCGGCGAGGAUAUGGACAAGCACGAUGCUGGAAUGGACGACACGUGGGCUGGUGCAUCUGCCGACAUAGCUGGUACGCAAAGCACGGGUAAUGUAACAGUGGACCUUACCGAUGAUGGCAAAACGGAUGACACGGCGGGUGGACAUGUGAGGAAGAAGGGCAAAAGGGCAAGGGGGGGAGGGCAUGGUGGAGAUGAUGCGGGGAAGGCCAAAGUCCGAGGUCCUGAUUGGUCUUCAGCUGAGAGCGUCACACUGCUCAAACUGCUUUUUGAAGAAGACUGUAUGCAGCAGAACAGGCAGGCAACAAAUGAGAAGCAGGAAGGACAAGCGGCAGGACUUCCGCUGACAUUCGAACGUGAGUUCUAUGAAGCACUGCAAUGGAAGCUUGCAAAAGCAGAUGGUCACUAUGAUAGGCUGAUGCAGAGUGUGAAUAUGGAAGGAGGGUCGUCGAGCACAGACAUGGAUGAUGAAGACAUGGGCGGUGGGGAGGACACAGGUGGUGUUCGCCGGAAAGCAGAUAACGACAGUGGUGCCGCAGCGAAAUUCACUCGAAGUGGUGGGCGUAGAGGGCACCUGAGACGUUCGUCGUCAGAGAGUUCUGUGGAGGGAGGGAGAGGAGGCACAUUCGCAGAUGUCGCCCACGCUCUCGUCGAUGCCACCGACAGACAAACCGAUAAGUUGCCUGGCAGUUUUGUGGACGCCAUGGCUAGAAUCAACAUGACCAUGGCAGAUGGGAACAACACAUUAUUGCUGUGUUUUGCGAUGUUGUCCGAUUCGUUGGCGGGACAGCCCGCGUCUGCUCCGGCAACGACACACGGGGGUAUCUCAUCGGGGGCCCGAACCACGUCUGUGACAGGGAUGUCAUCCUCUCCGCUUCGCAAUGUCACAAAAGUCGUGGACAUGGCGGGUGAUUUUGCGCUGACCCACAGGAGGAUGAUUGAACAAGCUCAUGAGCUCGCACGCAAGAGAGGUGUUAUUUUUAUAUGCUUGUCCGCUAUGGUGAAGGAGUUGAAGUGUUUGCGGGAGCAGGUGGACAAGGCUUCCAUGAGAGAGGGUGUGGCACUUUCGAAAGCAGAAGUUGCAGAGACCACGAUCGCUGUCUUGCGGGAUGAGGUCUAGAGCGACAAUUGGCAGUCUACGAAGGGACAUCGUUGAAUUCAGGGGCAUAUCGUGACGAUCAUGUCAGCAAUGUGCACAAGUC